AUUUCGUUGAAAGCCAUGAAAGUGAUUAUCUAUAUGCAGAAGUAGUACGCAGAAGGGAAAAUACGAGGUCAAUUGAAAAAGAAGACAAAAGUGCUAAAAAUGAGAGAAGUGCUACAUGGACGAUACUUCCUCGGCCACGAUCCUCUAUCCUCGAGCUUCGUAUCCUCUACCGGAGGCGCAACACAGUUUCAAACGGUGAAGCACACCUGACCUUGGCCGAAGGAUCUCACGCUCGUAGUCCGUCACCGUAGAGAAGACACCUUUCCACUUCUCCUCGAAUGACCACCUGAGUGAAGCGACCUUGACUGAGUGCGGCGCGCGGGGUUUGCAGACGACCACCUAAGGCCCCGGCGGUGCAGCCCCUCUCACACGAACGCUUGGACCCCACUUAGGUUAGCCAAUACUUAAACCGCGGGUCUACCGCGCCGCGGACUAUUCUCGCAGCAUCGGCCGUUGGACCCAUAAGCUCACGUACGCACGCCCUCAUCGCACGCGCGUACACGCGUCGUACACGUCGGAUACGCGCGCGGUACUUAAAAUCGCCCUAGGGACCGAUUAUAGUACUCGGUGUACAACUUUCACGAACGCAUAUGCGAUAUCGCGGGGACAUAUGUAGCACUCACAUGUAAGUGUGUCUCGCUGAUCCCUGCGAGAGAAGGACCGUGUGACACAGUGACGAGAGGGCGUCCCUUCGAAGUCUUCGCAACACUUUGCUUCCGGGGAGAAAGGGGAUUCCUCGCGAUCGGCAUCCAGUGUCUCUACCUGCCGAUCGACGACGGCGUCCAGCAACCGGAUAGGGAAGUACAGUGUGAAGAGUCAAGUGAGCGGAAUCUCGGAUGGUUCGUUUGAUGGGUAGCUCGGCUUGAUGCGGCGCCGCUGAAUCACGCAGGGCACACGCAUUUCGGUGGCGAAGUAGCUAGGCGCAGGAGUGGUGAAGUGCACAGUGUCGGCCAGUUUCUGAUCUCGGCGGAGCGUGAGUGGAAGAGAUGGCAUCGGCGGCAGCGGAAUUAGUGGCGGAGAGAGAACCGGAGUUGAGGAUCGAGAUGACGGACUCGAACAGGAGCUUUGUAGGUGCCCAAGGCCUGGUCAGGAUGGCCCUGGAUCAAUACACGGAAAUCCUCACGACAGUUUCAGAUCCACGUGUCAGCGACUGGCCCCUAAUGGACUCGCCUGUACCGACAAUCCUUAUUGUGCUCCUAUAUCUGUACGGCGUUGUCAUAUUCGGCCCGCGUAUGAUGGCCAAUAAAAAACCGUAUAAACUCAGAGGGGUCCUGGUGGCGUACAACGCGUUUCAAGUCGUCUUCUCGCUAGGGAUGCUGUACGAGCACUUAAUGUCCGGAUGGUUGUUGGACUACAGCUAUAAAUGCCAACCGGUCGAUUACUCCCACAAUCCAUCCGCUCUAAGGAUGGCGAACCUCUGUUGGUGGUACUUCAUCAGCAAAUUCACGGAAUUCGCUGACACGGUGUUCUUCGUGUUACGCAAGAAAGACAGUCAGGUGACAUUCCUGCAUUUGUAUCACCAUUCUCUAACGCCUCUCGAGACGUGGAUCUGCGUGAAAUUUAUCGCGGGUGGCCAUGGCACCCUGGGCAAUCUUAUAAACAACGCGGUGCACGUGGUCAUGUAUGCGUAUUAUAUGUUAGCAGCCAUGGGCCCAGAAGUUCAGAAAUACUUAUGGUGGAAGAAGCACCUAACUACCGUACAAAUGGUGCAAUUCUUCCUGGUGUUCGUGCAUAGCGCGCAGGCCCUCAUCUUCGAUUGCGGCUAUCCGAAACUGAUUGCGGCCCUCCUCCUACUUCACGCGACGAUCUUCUUCACGCUCUUCUCCGACUUUUACAGGUCCGCUUACCGUAAAGGAAAGUCUGUGAAGGAACUCAAGGCUGAAUAAAACACACGAGGGAACAUACGAAAGGGAAAAUCUUCGUUCUAACGAUGAACGAAACACGCAAUACGCACGCACACACACAUGUCGCGUCGAAAUGUGGCUCCUUUCUACACCGGUGAACUUUUACGCUUGUUAAUGUAUCAACAGAUGAGGAACUCAUUGAGCAACAUAUUCUCGAAAAUGUCAAUUGUCAGCGAAAGAAGUUAAUAUUUAAACGCGUGUUCUGGAGAAUAUCGAAAUACUUGAAAAUGACGGAAUUUCCUGGUAAAAAUUUUCGAUAGAAAACUAUUCACAUUAGUGAAUUCACGAACCAAAUUCCAUAUUCAAAACGAUAGGAUUUUUUCUAUCGGGAAUUUUUAUCGGAGUCAUUGAAAGGUUGACGAAAAAAAAAAAAAAAAAAAAAAAUAA